AUGGCAGAUUCGUGGCGUUUGAACACUUUGCCAACCGAAAUUUUGAUAUUAAUUUUCGAUUACUGUCAUGCGUUCGAUUUGGUACGACUCAGCGAAGUAUGCACGCGAUUUUACGAUAUCGUGCGCGAAGAAACGCUUUGGGCCAGGAAGAGCAAGCAACCGAUCGUAACGAAUCAAAUUUCGAGGAAAUUUCGUGAAAGGUGUAACCCACUAUUAUGUUUACGGAAAAAAUGGCAUGUCUCGCACAAUUGGCAAUACGGCAGAUACGAGAAGAGGAUCAUCUUCUCGCAGAAAACGAAGUUCAUGCCAUGGAUACAAUUGACCAACAACACUUUAUGGUGGAGCGGCGGAAGUCAAUUGUGCUGUUUCAAACGUUUCGAGUCCAGGCACAAAAGCAAUCAACUUUUGUUCAGAGUUCAUGUCUGCAGCGAUAUAUGCAAGUUCGUUGUCAGAAACGAAUGCAUCGUAACUGGGCACAGAGACGGUAGCAUAAAAUUCUGGACAAAAUCAGGAAGCUACAAAUUUAUAAAUUUCGACUGCAACAUAAGCAGAGCGCACAGUUACGAUAUAAAUGGAAUAGAUAAGACUAGGGAUGCAAUUAUAUCUGGUUCUGGGGACGGAACGGUGAAGGUUUGGAGACCUCCCGUUGGCCAGAACAUCUUAAAUGUACCUUUAACGACUAUAAACAUUACUGACAGGGUGUGGUCUCUAUCUGCCGAUCCAUUGGGCAAAAAGUUUGCAGUGGGUUCAGCCGGAAACAAUAACUGCCCCCCGCUUCACAUAUUUGAUCUCGAAUGUUACAGCCAAUCUGAUAUACUGAAAUACAAUUGGCAAAGGGGGGCAGGAAUAUUAGACAUGAUUUGGGAUAAUCCGCAGAUUCUGCUUACGUGUGGAUAUGACACUUACAUUCGAAAAUGGGAUUUGAGAACUGGAACAUGUGUGUGUUCGUGGUCAGAUCCAACGAAUGCGACUGUAUAUUGUUUAUCGUCGGAUUAUCGGUACAGUAUGGUCAGUGGAACGCAAUUCAACUGCAAAGCUGUUCUUUGGGAUCAAAGACAAAGAGGUUACAUACAAAUCUAUUUCAUGGAUCUAUGCAGAAUGACAAGUCCCGUUUACUGUUUAAGUUUCGAUAGUACUCAUUUAUAUGGAGCAAUGGAUCAGCAUUUAGUUGAAUUUACAUUUUCAGGAUACUCGUAUAAAGAGGCUAAUUACAAAGAAAUUCUUAAAUACUAAUACAAAUUGGAUCGUUUAGAAUGGAUAAAUGUUGAAAACUGUGAAACUUUAGAAGCAAAACUUGUUAUAUACAAAAAUAAAGACAUUCUAGGAUUCGCAUAGACUUAAACACAUUGUAAUUUGGAAUCUUAAGUUGUAGGUUUAAAAAGCGAGUCACAUUGAA